AUGCCGAUCCCGAUCCUACGCAUCUGGGGCGGACUCGGAGAGUGGGAUCACAUGCUGGCGGACAGCUUCAUCAGCUACACGAUGAGAAGGCACCCUGAGGGCCUGACCUACGUUGAAAACACCGAGGCCGCGCAGGGACCCGACGACUCGGGCUCGGCUGGAGCGGCCGACUCUGAGUCCAGUCCUGCAGAGCCCGCGGUCGGCGGUCUCGAAGAUCAGGUGCCGAUCUCGACGAUGACGGAUGACGCCAACAUGCUUUGCGACCCUUUCCGGGAGAUCGGCUUCAAGAGACGCGCUUCGGGAUGUCCCUCAAGCGGCCAUGUACACGGCCCUCACGGUCGAGGCUCGGCCAUGUUGGCGAUGACCCUGACACUGGAUCCCAACCGCCACCGAUCGACUCCCUCUGGCCGAGGCAGCCCUGCCGAUGCUGCGUCGGACGAUCUCUCCGCUCCAAAGAAGGCUUCGCAGCAGGCCGAGGCUGCCGCGGAACACGAGGCCAAGGAGCCGCCCUCUGCCGCGGUGCCCAUCAUCUCCGCUCUCGAGGCCGGGGGACCUGCCACGCCGGCUGCCAAGAGGAAGAAGACCAAGAAGAAGCGCAAGGGCAAGGCGACCGCCCUCGAGGAGCCGGCGCUGGACCAAGCCAUAGCUUCCUCCCUCGUCGGCGACGGACGCGAGCCGCGUUCCGACCUCGGGAUCAGCCGCAGCGAAGCUGUUGCAGACCUCGCAGAUGCAUCGACCACUUCAAACCUGCCGGCAGAGGUCGAUGUCCCCCUGAAGCAUUCGCAGGGAGACUGCACGCCGAGAAACAACCGCCUGUUCGACGUCGCCAGCGCGACAUCGAUCUCGACGCCGACUCCGCGGAGGGUCGAGACCAUGUCGCAGCCGCCUCGAGAGCCCAAAUCCAGCAAGGCAUCUCGCAACCAAGGAAAGCAGCGUAAGAAGGGGUCGUGCAAAACGGCAACCGCAACUGUUGUGGAGCUUGCAUCGACAGGCAGCGAGGCGAUUGCUCCGACGGGUUCCUCGAACCGUCCUGGCCACAAACUUCAGAGGCAGGCUCAGCUUCCCCUGUCCUCUCCGGCCCGGGCGAGCAGCACCAGCGAUACCGACGACGCAGAGCUGAUGGCUUCGUGGGACACGGAUGCAUCCUUCCACACAGCAAAGGCCCCUCCGUCUCCGGGCUCCACCGCCGCCGCGACCGUGGCACUCUCCAGCGAGGAUGCUGCGACGCUGUCCGAGAGCGGCCUGAUUUCGAUCCAGGCGUUCGAGUUCACACCCUACGCCAGCCCCGAGCGACAGCAGCCGCUCAAUGGGGCGGAGCGAGAGGGAUCCGCUCCAUCUGUCGGCGCGGUCGAGCUCAACGAGGCCCGGUCGCUCCCUACCGGCGCCUUUGGCGGCAGCAGCAGUGCCAUGCUCACCCCAUCAGACCUCCCGCCGACAUCAGACCUCCCGCCGAGCGUCUGCAACUCUGCAGGCGUCCAGGAGCACAGGCUCGAGUCAUCGACUGAGCUCGACCUACGGCUUCGGCGGCCAUCUUCGCGGCUGUCACAUUCGCAGCAGUGGUCCGACGUCACCGCCGACUCCUCUCAUCCUGGCAAGUUCGGGCAUUCUACAUCACAAGCGACAGCACAGACGCCGCGGACGCGCGACACGAGUCCAGAGGCCUCCGCCAUGGUCGUGCGAGACGGUCUAUGCGAGCUACGUGCCAAGACCAUCGCCCCUGCCGCGCCCGCUCCAGGUGCAGCAGCAGUCGCACCGGCCGGGCACGGCGUCGCCUUCGAUCGGACCAGACAAGGCGAAGAUCCACCCGCAAGCCCCGUGUCCACGUCGUGCUCCGACACCCCACGAGGCCCACGGGUCAUGUGGCCCUCGGCGAUGUCGCGCAAUUGCAUGGUCACCGCUCAGGAAGAGGAGAGCCAGGCACCUGCUGCCUCCCUCGACGAUCCGAUCCGCCUUGAAACCGGCUGCCAGCGCGCGCGGCCGAUCGACACUCUGCUCGGAUCGUAUGAGGAGGAGUCGGAUAAGCUGAGCCGGUUCAGAAGGACGCUCGAGUGGGCCGCAGACAUCGCUCAGCGUGUCGAGACGCCAGGUCGCCGUCAGCCAAGCAUUUCUGCCGCAAACACCAUGAUAAAGAGCGCCUCGAUCGGUGCACCUCAGCCCUCGCUCGUCCCAGCCAGGACGUCGCAGCCCCAGCAUCUUCAUGACGUCGACCAGCCUACGCAGCCCCACGACACCGACCAGCCGUGCUUCGACAACUUCCGCAGUAUCGCCGCACCGUGCAUACCCGGCUACACUGCGGUCCCGCGUCCGUCAAGCCCGGGGGACUCUUCCGACCGACAGCACCGGCAGCAACUUCCGCUUCUCUUGCCUGACUUCAAGGGCGAUUGGGUCCAUGCGUCUGGCACUCUUGAGGACCGACUUGGCGGCCUCGAAUGGCUGGACCUCGAGUCCCCGCGACUGCAUGACGACGGAAGCGACUGGGAGCAGCGGGAGCAUGGAUCGCCCCAGAUGCCCGCGCCGGGCCCUCGAAUCCAAUCCAAAGUCGCCAACGUCGCCGGCGAGACCCCGCCCAUCUAUCCAUCGGGCCUGGUCUUGCCGAGCCGCUGCAACGAGCGAGACGUGCGGGGAAGAACACCGGUGGCGGUUCAGCACAGCCCCCGACGAGAGCCUGGGAUGGCUACCCGCAGGAACCUCCCGUCGCCGCGGGAUGCCCCUACCUUCAGCUGCCCAUCCUGGAUCGGUGGACAUCUGCGGCAGACGAGUGCAGGGCCUGUCUUCGGCAGCUUUCGAUCCGAGUUGCAGAUGCCGGCCGACUGCUCCGGCUCGAGGCACGCCCCGCCAACGGCAGCCCUCAGCCACGAUGGGCGCGAGGCAGAUGGCUCGCUUUCGAGCUCAUCGUCCUCAGGCUCUUCCGCCGCCUGCCUCAAUCCUGACGACCACGAGAGCGACGAUGGCAAGCGCAGCCAUCUGAUGCUCUGCACCCAACAAGCCUACGAAGCGGCGACGCGGUCGUUGGAAGAGCGAUGCCAGGAUCCCGCCUCGCACUCGGAGGCGUCGCAUCAAGACAACCGGGUCUGGCUGUACGGCCUGGAGUCGCUCGGACUCGACGAGAAGCAUGCCAUCGAUCGCUUCCUGUACACGCCCGAGGGCAUGGCGAUGCCUGCGCCCAGCUGGCACAACCCCGUGGACGAAGGUAUCCUCGACGGAGGGGCGGGUGGCGGGGUCGAGGAGUCUGGCCUCUCGUAUGCGGAGAUGAACGAGCUCGACAACAUGAUCGCCCUGUCCUAUCAGCGUCCACGCCAUCCGCCCGCGCCGCACUUCGCGCGGGCCGUCAAAGACAGCACCGGGAGGCCCUUCCGCGGCAACUUUCGGGCCCAAGGCUAUGGGAACGGAGGCCCCAUCCCCACCGUCCCUAGACCGCCUUCGAGGAGGUCGCCACCCCUCGCAGCCUCGCGUUGCAGCGACAGCGGAAGCCCUCCGACUUUUGCGCCUGCCAUGGCCGACUCGUUGGAGCAACUGCCGGUCCUGGAACCAAGCAACGAGCUGGAGAGCCCGCUGCUGUCCUCGCACAGCCUCGCGGCAUCCUUCGACAACUGGACGUCGGCAGAGCCAGCCACUCCUCGCCUCGUGUGGGCCGAGCAAGGCCAUCCGCAUGCCGCCCUGUUCGACUGCGACGAGGCCUCCCAGGACUCGAGCCGGGCGAUACACGCCUAUGCCAAGGACGCGUCGUGUGGAAACAGCACUUCCCCUCCUUUCGGCGCCAUCGCAUCUGGCUGCGAGCCGGCGCCAUACGAGCCGUGGCGGAAUCGACGAGAGCAGCCCCCGGGGCACGCAGGACGAGGCGCGGUCAUGGACUCGACGCGGCCAAGCCAGGCCGACGCCAUUGCGACAUGGGAUGAAGGGCUGCACCGCUUCGCCCACUUUUCGCAGAUCGAGGCGACUCUUCGCGCCGAGCGCGACGCCCUCUACGAGAUCAGCUGCGAGCGGCGUCGAGACGACCAGCUGCUGUCCCCCGCGCUGUCGGCGUCGCUGGCGUCCCGGCUCCAGGAAGAUGGCGGCUUGGGAGACGAGAGCGCGAUUGGCCUAAAUCUCCGCGAGCUGCGGGAAGCCGAGGCCAAGCUGCUACGUGGCGAAACGGACGGCUUGACACAGGCCCACCUGAUCCACAUCUUGAGGGUCUGUCCAGGCGUGGCCGCCGUCGCCGUGCUUUGGAGCUGA